AUGAAAAUAAGUACUAUAAGUGGUCCAUCUAUACUUUGUGUCAUCAUUUUCAACAUAUUAUAUGUACAUUACUCAUAAAAAUAUUACUGUUCUACUUUAACAAUCAAGAAUUACCAUAUCAUAUCACAGCACAGCAAUAAUUUGCCUUCUAUAUUUUCUUAAUAUAUACUUUCAAGAAUAUCUCUGUUCAUUCCUGAAAACUUUUUUGAUCAAGAAUAACAAACACCCUUUUGAGAUUCAUAGCUGAUAAAGUAAGAUUUUAUUUUCUUUAAAUAAUUAUGGAAACUUUGUAUAUAUAUAUAUUCUUCAUAUAUAGAAACUACUUUAUUUUAUAUAUACAUAAUAGUAAAUUUGUCUUUGGAAAGUUGAAAUUCUACCCCCAUAAUUUCAGGGAUAUACUGUUUUUUGUUUCUCUUUUACUUUUGGUUUGUUACGGAAAAUUUUAGUAGUUCAGUUGGUUCGUAGGUGAAGAGUUUUUGAAGGUUUAAAGAGAGACAGAAGAUGAAGAAUUCUGUCUCUGAACACAGUUUCUAUAUCGAGAGCGACGAAGAGGAUGAUCAUCAAGAGAAGCAAUUGGAUAAAUCUGAAAAUGGAGAUGGGAAUGAAUCUGAUACUUCAAAUUACUCUAAUGAUGAGGAUGAUAAUCAUGAUAAUCGGCUCGAGAGCAAACCUAGCUCCUUCAACCCUGCUUGGCCUCAGAGUUAUAGGCAAUCUAUGGACAUAUACAGUAGUGUGCCCUCACCAAAUCUUACCUUCCUGGGGACACCUUCAUUAACACGUUUAGGCAGCUCGUUCCUUUCCUCAUCGCUCACAAGGAGACACACUCCUGAAGUGUUGCCCUCUCUUCAUAAGCCUCUCAUACCGCAAGCAGAAGAGGACCGAGCAUCACAACGGCAUAGCUCUCAUACUUUGCUGCCUCCUCUUCCAUCAAGGAGAUCUGCGAUUAAGAAAUUUCCUGAUGAGAAAUCGGUUGCACAUGAAUUCACAGUUUCCCGUCAAAGUUCCUAUGGCCAAGGGGUCCUAAACGGUAUUAACGUUCUAUGUGGUGUAGGAAUCCUUUCUACACCUUACGCUGUGAAGGAAGGUGGAUGGGCAGGGCUUUCUAUAUUAUUCAUCUUCGGUGUGCUUUCUUACUAUACUGGCAUUCUCCUGAGAUACUGCUUAGACAGCCAACCAGGGCUUGAGACUUAUCCGGAUAUUGGCCAGGCAGCUUUCGGUACAGUGGGAAGAAUUAUCAUAUCAAUAAUUUUAUACGUGGAGUUAUAUUCCUGUUGUGUUGAAUACAUAAUUUUGGAGGGAGAUAACCUGUCGGCUUUAUUUCCAAAUGCACAUCUAAAUUUGGGAGGGUACCAAAUAGAUGCACGGCAUCUCUUUGCUUUGUUAACCACACUAGCUGUUCUUCCUACUGUUUGGCUGCGUGACCUCACUGUUCUUAGUUACAUCUCAGCUGGAGGAGUUAUUGCUUCUGUGAUGGUUGUCAUUUGCUUGUACUGGCUUGGCUUAGUGGAUCACGUUGGCACUCAAAGCAAAGAAACCGUACUGAACCUUUCUAGUCUUCCUGUUGCUAUUGGACUUUACGGAUAUUGUUACUCCGGCCAUGCAGUGUUUCCCAAUAUAUAUACGUCACUGGAGAAACGUAGUCAAUUCCCUGCUGUCCUUUUUACCAGUUUUGUUAUUGUGACUGUGUUGUAUGCGGGAGCAGCUGUCAUGGGAUAUAUGAUGUUUGGGGACUCAGCAGAAUCCCAGUUUACUCUAAACUUGCCAACAGAUUUAGUUGCCUCCAAGAUUGCUUUUUGGACCACAAUCGUUAAUCCAUUCACAAAAUAUGCAUUGACCAUGGCGCCUGUAGCUAUGAGUUUGGAGGAGUUGAUACCAUCGAACCAUGCCAAAUCUUACAUGUACAGUAUCCUCAUUAGAACAGCACUUGUGAUGUCCACAUUACUCGUGGCUCUGAAAAUUCCCUUUUUCGGAUUUGUGAUGGCGUUGAUCGGAUCAUUAUUUACGAUGCUAGUUACAUUGAUUCUACCUUGUGCUUGCUUCUUGAGAAUUUUGAAGGGAAAAACAAGCCCCAUUCAGGUAUCAGCAUGUAUACUUAUUAUCAUAGUAGGCAGCAUAUCAGCAGUUUUUGGGACCUACUCAGCUCUCUCCAAAAUCAUUCACAGUUUAUGAGUUCAAAAAUUUAGCAAUACAAACAAUGGCCAUGCAGAUGUUUUCAAGUCUAAAGAUUUUAUGCAGAUCAUUUUUUAUCUUUGAUGGUCAAGGGUCCAAGUCGUGGAAAUAGCCUCUUGCAUAAAUGUGUAUAAGGCUGUGUACAACUCUUGUGGUUCAGCCCUUCCUCAGACCCCACGCAUAGUGGGAAUUUUAAUGCACCGGGCUGCCCAUUUUUUUUAUCUUUGAUCCUUUGUUGUCUUUUUGAGAAGAAACUUUAUGUCAUUUGAUUGCAUUUUACUCAAAGCAUAAUGGCUAUAUACAGAGAGAGAAUAUGUUUCUUUGCACCAAA